CGCACGCGGGGCGCUUGCGGCGCCAGGGUACAGCGCAGGGUGUAGGCGACCAGGAUGUUUCUGGAGCCCCAGGAAACUAUGCCCCAGACGUCUGUCGUCUUCUCCAGCAUUCUUGGGCCCAGCUGUAGCGGACAGGUGCUGCCUGGCAUGGGGGAGCGAGGAAGCGGGGCCGGCAGCUCUGGGGACCUCGUCUUCCAAGAGGGACGCCUCAUCUCUGGGUCCCUGGAGGCUUUGAUGGAGCACCUGGUCCCCACAGUGGACUAUUACCCGGAUAGGACAUACAUCUUUACAUUUCUCUUGAGCUCCCGGGUCUUCAUUCCCCCUCAUGACCUGCUGGCCCGCGUGGGGCAGAUCUGCCUGGAGCAGAGGCAGCAGCUGGAGACCGGGUCUGAGAAGGCCAAGCUGAAGUCCUUCUCAGCCAAGAUUGUGCAGCUGUUAAAGGAGUGGACGGAGGCCUUCCCCUAUGACUUCCAGGAUGAGAAGGCCAUGGCUGAACUCAAGGCCAUCACCCACCGGGUCACACAGUGUGACGAGGAGAAUGGCACAGUGAAGAAGGCCAUUGCCCAAAUGACACAGAGCCUGCUGCUGUCGCUGGCUGCCCGGAGCCAGCUUCAGGAGCUGCGGGACAAGCUUCGCUCUCCAGCCAUGGACAAAGGGUCUGUCCUCAAGGCUAAGCCGCCAGCCACUCAGAAGGACAUCCUGGGCGUGUGCUGCGACCCCCUGGUGCUGGCCCAGCAGCUGACUCAUAUCGAGCUGGAGAGGGUCAGCAGCAUUCACCCUGAGGACCUGAUGCAGAUCGUCAGCCACAUGGACUCUCGGGACAAGCACCGGUGCCGAGGGGACCUGACCAAGACCUACAGCCUGGAGGCCUAUGACAACUGGUUCAAUUGCCUUAGCAUGCUAGUGGCCACUGAGGUGUGCCGGGUGGUGAAGAAGAAGCACCGGACCCGCAUGCUAGAGUUCUUUAUUGAUGUGGCCCGGGAGUGCUUCAACAUCGGGAAUUUCAACUCCAUGAUGGCCAUCAUCUCUGGCAUGAACCUCAGUCCUGUGGCGAGGCUGAAGAAAACAUGGUCCAAAGUCAAGACGGCCAAGUUUGACGUCUUGGAGCACCACAUGGACCCAUCCAGCAACUUCUGCAACUACCGCACUGCCCUGCAGGGGGCCACACAAAGGUCCCAGAUGGCCAACAGCAGCAGAGAGAAGAUCGUUAUCCCUGUAUUCAACCUUUUCGUUAAGGACAUUUAUUUCCUGCACAAAAUCCAUACCAACCACUUGCCCAAUGGGCAUGUUAACUUCAAGAAAUUUUGGGAAAUCUCCAGACAGAUCCAUGAGUUCAUGACAUGGACUCAGGUAGAGUGUCCCUUCGAGAAGGACAAGAAGAUUCAGAACUACCUGCUCACGGCACCCAUCUACAGCGAGGAAGCUCUCUUCAUCGCCUCCUUUGAAAGUGAAGGUCCUGAAAACCACAUGGAGAAGGAUAGCUGGAAGACUCUCAGGACGACUCUCCUUAACAGAGCCUGAAGGCGUGGAUGCAGCCUGCAGACGCUGGAUGAAGCACACAC